GCCGCUGGCCACCCGGGGCACUUCGAUUACAAAUCUAACCCGGCCCCGGGACGCCACCUACCGGCUCGCGAGCCGGGCCCCAAGUACCAGACUUAGGAAAAGAGCACGAAUGGCAGAGAGACCUAUGUGGGAGCAAGUUGGAACAAGUUUUGUGCAUCUCUAUUACCAGCGUUUUGAUUCUAGUAGAGUAGAGCUAAGUGCUCUCUAUACAGAUGCUUCUUGCUUGUCCUGGGAAGGACAGCAGUUCCAAGGAAAAACAGCCAUCAUGGAAAAGUUGAUGAGCCUUCCAUUCCAAAAAAUCCAACACAGCAUAACAUCUCAAGAUCACCAACCAGCACCUGAUAACUGUAUACUUAGUAUGGUGGUUGGUCAGCUGAAGGUAGAUAAUGACCCAGUGAUGGGGUUCCACCAGCUGUUUGUUCUUAAGAAUAUUAGUGACAAUUGGGUUUGCACCAAUGACAUAUUUAGACUGGCCCUGUACAACUUUGCUUGAAUUUUCUGUUCUCAAAUGUCUGUUUCUAUUGCCACUUUCAAAUCUGACACAAAAAUAAAUAAAUUGUUGUUUAACUU